CCAACUCGCUCAAAGUCAAACAGUCAAACCACAAAACCCAUCACCGGCAUAUCUUUCCUUGCCUGCUUUGUGUAUAUUAUGUGAGAUUUUCUACCGGGGUUAAGGGAAGGUUUUAGGGUUAAGAUUUGACGGCUCCCUCCGCCCCUGCACCGAUCAAUGGCUCCAGUUUCGUGGUCUGACCUCCCAGAAGAGCUGCUGGAGAGCAUCUUGAAGAAGCCAACAAAUGUCGUUAAUCUUUACAACUGCCGCUAUGUGUGUCGUUCAUGGCGGUCCGUCGUCGACAAGGUGUUAGCGUCGACACCUCCGCACCUACUUGUCUACGAAAAGCAUCACAGAAUGGUAAGAAGCAUAAGUUUCGUGAAUGUUUUCACCGGCGAAUCGCGCGUUUGUAGACUUCCGAAGUUAAAGAAUGGUAAUGGGCAGACCCGGUUUCCCAAUAGCGUCUACUCCUGGCAUCGUUGGGUGAAAACGCAAGUUCAUUGUGUCUUGUGAAACGAAAAAUCCAAGAUCAAUUGGUUUAGCUAUUCGUGAUGGGCGAUAUCUUGAGAAGUUGAUGUUCUGGAAUACAGGAGAUGAGGAGUGGACAACCUUCGUUAAGGAGCCGAUGCCCAUACUUGAUAUUACAAGCUACAAGGGUGGAUUCUGUGUUCUUGACGGGGACCUCAAGUUUAUACAAUUUGACCAUGAGCAUGUUCCUCAUCUCAAAAUAACUUAUGUUUUAUCAAGUUAUUAUCAUCCGACUCAAUAUCUGGUGGAAUCGCUGUGUGGGGAUCUGUUGUUGGUUCAACUGAAUGAAUAUUGGGUGCAAGAU